AUGCAGCAGCAGAAAACCGCUGCAACUUCUUCUAAGCGCAGCAGCAACAAAAGCAGCAGCAGCAGCAGCACAACCACCACCACCACCACCAGCAACAGCAACAGCAGCAGCAGCAGCAGCAGCAGCAGCAGCAGCAGCAUGUACCCUGGAACUCUGAUGCUUUCUGUGGAUCCGGGGCAGGCGGAGGCGGCGCCUCAGCCCGCGAAAAAUUUGCCCGCUUCAAAUCAGAAACCACUGUAUAUAUACUGCAGCAGCAGCAGCAGCAGCAGCAGCAGCAGCAGCAGCAGCAGCAGCAGCAGCAACAUAGGUCAUAGCAUUGGCGAUGGUUUGAGGGUUUUUGUCUGCCGGCAGCUGAAAAUAAUUUUCAUCGAAAACCCCCGAAAAGUCCCCGCCCCCCAGCUGCCGCAGCUCUUUAGAUACACGCAGCAGCUCCUGCAGCAGCAGCAGCAGCAGCAGCAGCAGCAGCAGCAGCAGCAGCAGCAGCAGCAGCAGGGGUUGUUGUAG